AUGGCGAUAGACCGGCGGAAGUUGUUGGUUUUUGGCGCUGCCUUUGUGCUGCGUCUGCUCCUCACAUGUCUCUUUCCAUCUUUACCAGAUCUCUUGACGGGGAGAGUCGAGGUUUCGACCCCCGUCAAUAGCUUCAAACGCCUCCAAGAAGGCUUGUUCUUAUAUACCAGAAAUGUGUCGCCCUAUGAUGGAGGUGUCUUCCACCAGGCUCCACUCCUACUACCCUUGUUUGCUCUACUCCCAGACGCAAAGAGCUCGCCUUUGCCCACCGCCAUCUUCUACUUCCUGAUUGAUCUCUUGAAUGCCCACGCAUUGCUGAGGAUUUCUGAGUCGGGCCAAUCUGUCAAAUCGAGACUCCACACGGCUGUACGCCAGCAUGUGCGCUGGGACGGAGUAUCAAUUGCGGCAUGGUUCUUGUUUAACCCAUUCACACUUGCGACGUGUCUAGCGCGGUCAACGAGCGUGUUUACCACAUCGGGGGUCCUCUUCGCCAUCUCCAAUGCCGUCGGGGGCAACAGCAUCAACUCCAUGCUGGCCCUGGGUUUCGCCUCCUACCUGUCUCUUUACCCGGCGCUACUGUUCAUCCCCCUGGUAUUGGUAUGCUAUGAUCUUCGCGCUCAAGGGCCGAACCCGCCCAAGGUCGGCUUAUAUGCUGCUCAGCAUGCCGGUCUUUUGUUCGCCAGUAUCGCAGCUCUGAUCGGUCUUUCUUGUUUGAUCACCGGCAAUUUCUGGGAGUUCAUCUCGGCAACAUACGGUUUCCACCUUUUGGUCCCGGACUUGACUCCGAACGUCGGUCUUUGGUGGUAUUUCUUUAUCGAGAUGUUCGACUCUUUCCGCGAGUUCUUCCUCGGCGUGUUUUGGCUGCACUUGGCCAGUUACGUCGGUGGUCUUACGGCUCGCUUCCAGCGACAGCCGUUAUUCGUCAUUGUUUCGCUGUUGGGUGUCUUCGCCAUCUUCAAGCCAUACCCCAGCAUCUCUGACGCUUCCUUGUUCUUCGCCGUGUUGCCAUUGUAUCGCCAUCUGUUCCCACUGAUGCGAUACACUUUCUUCGCUGCCUCAGCAAUCCUGUACUCGACUCUUCUCGGCCCCGCGUUCUACCACCUUUGGAUCUACGCGGGAUCUGGAAAUGCCAACUUCUUUUACGCCAUCACUCUGGUGUGGAGCUUGGGUAUCUCCAUCCUUCUAGCAGACGUAGUAUUCGCCGCCCUCCGCGACGAAUGGGAGCAGCAAAACCCCGAAAAACAAGGCGCCGAGGUGCGACAGGUGUAA